AGCGUAUCAUCCGGUAAAUUCUUUAGUCGACCUUCCAAUUUGCAAUCUUUAUCUUUUUCCCCAACCAACAUCUACUGCUGUGUGCAAACGGCUAAACUCCACAUUCCGCCGAUCUCGAUUCUCGACGGGAACCUUCCGGUCCACACCAACGGCGGCGAGGAGGCCUUUUCCGCUGCUCCAAGACUCCUCUGUACAUCAACCCUAAAUCGAAGGAAAGAACCAAACUUUCACCCUUCUUUCUCUUUCGAAAUUGAAAGCGGUCUAUUUACAUCAAUCCCACCGAAAUUCUCUAUUUUUUUUUUCUACAAACGAUGGACGAAGUAAUGGUAACGAGGGAUGCAUCGGCAAGCGCUCGAUCUUACUCGUCGGAGCCUCAGGCAGUGCCUUCCAACCUUCCUCUUCUCACAGCUUUCCUGGCCUGCGCAAUUGCGCAAUUUCUCAAACUCUUCACCACCUGGUAUAAGGAAAAGAGGUGGGAUUCGAGAAGGAUGUUAAGCUCUGGCGGAAUGCCGUCUUCACAUGCGGCUACAGUUACUGCCCUCGCAAUGGCAAUAGCACUGCAAGAUGGAACCGGGGGACCGGCUUUUGCUAUUGCAGUGGUUUUAGCUUGUGUUGUAAUGUAUGAUGCUACUGGUGUUAGGCAACAUGCUGGUCGACAAGCUGAAUUGUUAAAUCAAAUUGUCUGUGAAUUGCCUCCGGAACAUCCAGUUGCUAGUAUUAGACCUCUACGGGAUUCUCUUGGCCACACGCCUCUUCAGGUUCUUGCCGGUGCUUCGCUUGGAUGCCUAGUGGCAUUUCUAAUGAGAAGAUCGACGUAGGGAGCCGAGCCGGGCAUGGUUUAUAGGUCACAAAAAACUCACAAGUGCUAAAUAUCAUUUGGAGAAAGAGAUGUAACCAUACUUGUAGGCUGUAGCUGGCCCUGUAUUACUCCCCUAGAUUUUAUAGGCUCCGGACUUCUGACUAAACAUGCCAUUGUGACUCAUACCUGCUUCGUUUUAAUUUAAGUUAAAAACGUACUCAUUUAUAGUUUUUU